CAUAUCAUUUGGAGAAUUGACCAUAUACAAAGAAGUGUGCGUCAUUUUACUGUCUGACUCUUCUGCAACUGUUUCGGCUGUUGGUGUAUCAAGGACAAUGAUUUUUCGGUGGUACAGACAACUGUUCGCAUGGUCAACCAAGAUCUGCUUGGUUGCGUUCGUUUUUCAUAGAGGAGAGAGUAACGCAGCAAAUGUCAUGAAUAACACUUUUCCAAGCUCAAAAGUUCAAGUACAACCCAAGCUAGUCAACAACACUAGGCCUCAACCCCAAAGUAUGAAGAUUCCGUCAUUCUACAACCAUCCUUCCAAUCAACAUCUUUUCUACUGGCCGUCUGAUACUAGCUUUACCGGUAGCAUAGCUCAAGAAAAGUGUCGUGACGGUGGAAGAAAGAAUGGAAGACUUUUGAAAGAACGCCAAAGGUUGUUGAGAAAUAAGUUUCAACACGAUGAAAGCGCUAGUAAAUGUAAGCAGACGUUUGCCUUGUGGAGUAAAGGAAGAGACCUAGGGAAUCCUCACUGUCGGCGAUUGUUUCUAAAGAACUGUCGACUGUUUCUCAAGAACCGUCACAUGAAGAACCGUCACAUGAAGAAGUCCAGUGCAAAAGACGGGAAUGAUGAAAUGGCCUAAACGAUGGGAAUGAUGCAGAGCUUUAAUGAUUGUUGGCUCUAGUAGCUUAAUUUGUGUGGUUUGUGUAAGACUCUAGAUAGCAUCCAUGCUGUGAGUAGGAUCCAGGCAGUACAUAAUUUAGCUAAUGCGUCGUAGUCUAGACACUUGGUAAUGCAUAGUACUAGAGACACUUUGGUAAUGCAGGUGGUAUAGAUACACUUGGUGAUGAUGGUCUAGAAUAGAGAUAGACUUGGUAAUGGAUGGACAUGUCCGUUUAGUAGACGUUUAUGCUGAUAUUGCAAUCACAUCUUAAGUCUACAUAGUCUCUA